AUCCUUCGAUCGGAAAAUCGCGUCGAGCCUCCUCCUGCUUGAUUUUCCGGCGGCGUCGAUUCCUCUCUUGUCGAUGAAGAAGCUUCGGUCUCUCCUUCACUCUCCCCUUCCCGUUCCGGCUGGCACAGCAAACCCAGGAGCUGCUCGCAAUAGUGAAUGAAGGCUACUUUUUAGCACUCCAUAAAAGGAGGGGAAUAGGAGGGAGUAGAAUGUUUGAAGGACUGAUUCAUCGGGUGCUGGUGGGUUUUCUUGGUCGUUAUGUCAAAAAUUUCCAGAAGGACCAACUCAAGUUCAGCCUUUGGAAGGAAGAAGUAUUGUUGGAGAAUGUAGACCUCAUUCCUGAAGCCUUUGAUUAUCUCCAAUUGCCAUUCGCUUUAAAGCUGGGUAGGGUUGGGAGGUUAAGCAUCAGAAUUUCAUGGAAAAAUCUUGGUUGGGACCACCCCAUUAUAAUCGUUUUAGAAGAUGUAUUCAUUUGUGCUUCCCAAAGGGAUGACCAUGAGUGGAGUAUGGAGGCUGUUGAAAAAAGAGAAUUUGCUGGCAAAAAGGCUAAGCUUGCUGCUGCAGAGCUUGCCAAACUAUCAAGGCGUGUGAGCGGUAAUCAAACUGGGAAAUUGUUUAUUUCAUAUAUUACUGCAAAGGUUCUUGACAGCAUACAAUUAUCAAUUAGAAAUUUCCACGUUCAAUACAGUGGAAUGCAAUAUGACUCGUCACAGGUACUAUUUGGUUUGAAGUUUUCCAGCUUGACAAUAAAGCAAAAUCUGGUUGGAUCAUUAGGUGGGAAGGUGGUAGGGGGCCAAGUGAACAAAACAGUGGAUGUUGAAGGUCUGGAAAUUUAUUGUACCACAUCCAAAAAUGCUAUGGACUUGACGAGUUUGGAUGACGCUGCAGAUUCCAGAUUUUGGCAGAAUGAAAGAUCUGAAGGCAAUAAAAUUGAUCAUUUAUUACAGCCGGUUGAUGUAACUGUAUCACUUGUGGUUAACAAAGCAGGAAAGCUAGAUACUGAUUUGGCACAAUAUUCAAUCAGAGCAGAGACAACUAGCUUGGUCAUGUCAUUCAAUGAGGUUCAGUUGCAACAAAUAUUGAUUCUAUCUGAUUACAUCAGCCUUAGCAGUUUAAGGGAGAAGUAUGGACGUUACCGUCCAUGGGGUCAUUCCUCAUCAAGAAAACAGAAUGGUUGGCAAAUAGCAUGGUGGCACUAUGCACAAAAAUCUAUCCUAUCAGAUGUCCACAGGAAGUUGAAGAAAAGCUCAUGGAGAUACCUAGGACAGCGACUGGAUUCUAGGCGGAAGUAUAUUAAAUUGUACAAGAUUAAACUAGAGUCUCUUCAACAAGAACUGCCAAUUGAUGAAGAUAUUCUUCUGGAAUUGGAACGAAUGGAGAAAGAAUCUGAAAUUGACGAUAUCUUAAAUUAUCGGUCUGCUGCUGAACGUGAGCUUCAGGAAGUUCUGCUAAGUUCUUCAUCUUCAAAUAUGGGAGUGAACGGUGCCAAUAUUUCUGUUGCAAAGUCGAGGAACAAUGAAACCUACUUGGGAAGGUCCCGGGGCUGGUUGAAUUGGCUGUCUCGUGGCAUGCUUGGAGCUGGUGGAACAGAUGAUUCUAGUCAAUUUUCUGGCGUUGUCUCAGAUGAAGUCGUAAAGGAUAUUUAUGAAGCUACAGAGUUCCAUCCAUCUGUAUUAUCUAGUGGAGAUGCUGAUGCAAAUGAUAGGAUAUUUACUUGUGCAAUCAAGUUAACCAUAGGUCAAAUCGCUGCAACUCUACAAAGCAAGUAUUUCAGUCAAAGAAUUGCUGAGCUGAUUUUUAAAGGUGCUGUUAUAGAGUGCAAACUUUGGGAAGAGUUAGCAUCCAUUGUUUGCUACAUUGAGUCAGCAAAAAUGGUUUAUCCAUGUAAUGAGAGAGUUAUUCUUCAAAUAGGAAAGCCCCUUACAGAGGAAAAACUACAGGAAGAUGAGCUAACUUCAUGUAGAGUCCAAGUGGAUGUGUCACCAGUGCAAGAGGUGGAACUCUCUGUCAGGGUCAUGCUUCAACCUCUUGAAGUUACUUAUGAUGUGGAAUUCUUCCUUAAACUUGCGGAGUUUUUCAAAGAAUUAAAAUGCUUUGAAUUUCAGCAUGAAAGGGUCCUUUGGUCGCUAAAUGGGUUUAAAGAUGUUAAGACUCGCUUAUCAUCAAAAAUUGAGUAUGCUUUGUCAAGCCAUAAAAAAAUAAGUUGGGAUGUUAGCAUCUUGAAUAUUAUUAUCAAUGUACCUUGGAGAAAUGGCAUUGCGGAACAAUGUAACUUGGUUUUGGAGAUGGAAUCUCUUCAAUAUAAAUCUAAAUAUGAUGAGGAGCUUGUUGCUACCUCUGCUCUGGAAGAAUCAUAUCCCCAUAAACAGUUCUCAAGUCCUAAUGUUCAAGAUCUCUAUAAUUACUUCGCUGUCAAACUUGAGAAUUUUGAGCUGAAGAUAGUGAUGCCUCAUCAUGCUCAAACAAUUAAUAUCUUGGAGAGAUUUUGUGCUUCUAUCACCUUUGCAUCGUGUAUCAUUCCCGAUGAAUCAAUAUUGAAACAAUUGGAGGUUUGCAUUGUUCUACCAUCACUCACUGGGAACUUCUCUCUGUCAAUAUAUGAAUCAAUAACGGCAUUAGUGACUUAUCUACAUAUGUUAUAUUCAACCACUAUAUCUCUGAUUCCCAAUAGUCCAUUUUCACUUAAUCUUAUGUCAAAUCAACCUGGGGCUUCUACUUUUGGAUUUUCUAUUGCUGCAAAGUUGAACUCUUUGAGUUUACAUGUUGACCUUGCAAAUGAUGGAGAAAGCAAUUCUGAUCUCAAGCUUUUCCUUCAAGAAUUAGAUGUUCGAUAUUGUCAUAUGGAAUUCGAGGAGUGUUUCAUUUGUACCAAAGCAGCAAAGAUCAAUGCCCGAUUGGGAGGAGAAAAUGAUGGUUGUGUUCUGUUAUCGUCUGGGAAUCAAUUUACCUCUGCUGUUGCACAUCAUCAAGGCUGGUGUGUUGAAAAUAGCAAUCAAGGUGGAAAUUUUAGGGAUAAAAGUGCAAAUACUAAAGCUUUCUUUCUUAUGCAUUAUGAAGCUCACAGAAGUGCAGAUUUUGAUUUCUGCAAGUGUACAAUUGACUUAAAUGAUGCUGAUCUCCAUUGUUACCCCCGUGUAUUUGGGCUGUUGAUUGGAUUCUAUGAAAGGUUAUCUUCAAAUGGUACAUCUUUAACUCAUGAUAAAUCCCUUAGCUUUGUGCUGGAUGGCAAACAUCAAAAUAGAAGAAUUGGUUUUCAGUUUCAAAGGUUUGGUUACUCAAAUUUUGUGGAGACUGGGUCAUCUGACCAUCCUAGCAUUUCUUUGGACUGCUAUCCAUUCAUUACAAUCUCCAAUUCUGGUUCUCUGAGUAGCCUUGAGAGUUCUCUUUGUCAUUCCAUUCCCUACUGGAGGAAGUUAUUUAAUAUGCGGGAUAGAGAACUCAGAAGUCCAAAUUUCAGUUUAGAAAAGGAAUCUAAAACCUUUCAGGUUUCACCAGUGAUGCAAACAUCUGGAAUGGCUGCAAUUGCACCAGGAAGUUCAGAUGGCACAGAAGUUUUUAGUAUUGAUAUCAAUCUUUGUGGAACAAGAGUGCAUUGGCAUGAUUCCUCUUGUAUUAUUGGAACUGUUACAAUACCAACCUCUAAAACUUCACUUUCAAUUUGUGAAGACUUCAUGGAUUUGUUGUGUUCUGUAGAGGGGUUGAUCCUCUCAUCACCGUGGUGGACUAAAAACUUAAAAGAUUUUUUGUGGGGACCCUUAUUACCAAAUCUACCUUCUAUUUUGAAUUUGCGUGUGAGGAAAAGGCAUGCUGGAUUAGUGACUUCUGAUCUUGAAGUUAGCAUUGGUGUUCAGCAUGUAUAUUGCUUUCUUCCACCUGAGUAUUUGUCUAUCAUAAUAGGCUACUUUUCAUUACCUGAUUGGACUUCAAAUUUUAGUGAGCAGCCAGUUACUGAAAAUCAUGACCGUAUCAUACGGGAAGAAGGGAAUGUUGUUUACAAGUUUGAGAUACUGGAUUCUACUUUGAUUCUGCCUGUGGAGCGUGACGAUCAUCAGUUUCUGAAGAUAGAACUUCAACAGUUGUACUGUAGUUUCAUCCUUGAAUGUUCUCCUGAUGAUGUAUUGAAGGGUAUUCCCUCUGAAUGUAUGGUUCCAUCACAUAAAAUUGCCAAAGCAAAUCACUGUUUAAACAUUUUUGGAAGGGAUUUAUCUAUUUCUAUCCUAUUGUGCAAGGAUGAUGGAUAUGGUUGCUUAAUGGUUGACAAAGAUACUGGAUGUGGCAAUAUUACACUAAUAAGACCACUUAGUGCUGAUGUCUGGGUUAGACUUCCCUGCGAAAGUGAAUCUUGCCCUGAUAGCUCAUCUGCUUCCAUGUGUGUUAUGUCAAGGAUUGCCAAUUGCCAGCUUAUCGCUGAUGAUGGCAACACUUUGGAUGGAUUCGAGGCGCUGGUGGAUGUAAUAAAUCAGUUCUCUUCAGUUGACAGUGAAUCCAAAAUUUUCACCUCUAAUGUUUUACACUUUUUUCAGUUGAAAAGAAGUCUGAAGGAAAAUUUAGUUGUUCCACCUGUCUGGUCAGGUACAACAUUUACAGAAGCUAGGUUCUGUGCUGAUUCACUGUCAAUAAGUUUGUUUCAAUCAAGGAAAGACUCACUUCUGUCACAACCAAUAGCCAAGGCUGAUAUGAAAUUCAUUGGUUCUGUAUCUUUGAUAAAUGAGACGCUCAUGGACAUGGACUUGAACUUUUCUUCUUUGGUACUAUAUUCAUUGCUCAAUUGUGUCACUAUAGCACAAUGUGCUGAAGCUUGCUCAGCUUCAUCAGCUCUUCAUAUAUGUUUCUCAAAGUCUAUUGAAGGUGAAGAUGAGGUUCAUUUUUCUCUUCCUUCUCUGGAUAUUUGGCUACAUGUUUUGGAUUGGUCUGGAGUUAUUGAUAUAUACAAUUCAUAUUCUAAAAGAAUGGCUGAAAUUGAAGGAAUGGAGGCAUCAUCAAAGAGUUUGUCUAAAGAUGCUAUUGAUGUCACUGAAAAUGUGGCACUUUCUGUUUCUCAAAAUUCACAAACUUAUCAUAUAAAGGAGCAUACAAAGCAGGAUUCUACUGUCCUCUCUGUGAAGUCAGAAAAUAUCGGCCUCACAAUUUAUUUUCCUUUGUUGGGCACUGAAAUAGCACUUGGUGAAUUGGGAACAUCUGAAGUGCAGGCGGAGAGGCCACGAAAUGUUUCGUCGAAUGCUAUUGAAGGGAAAAACUGCAAGUUUAUGGCACUUAGUGCACAUAGUAGAAGUAGUGAGCUAUCGAUUGUCGGGAGAAAUGUGAAAUUGAAAUCUAUGCUGGAGAAAAUAAGUGGCACUGUAGGGGUAUGUGAGGAUAAGAGCAUCAACAAUUGGCCUUUCUUCCAAAUAUCCCAAAUUAGUUUGAUGUCUGAGAUUUUUAAUAAUCAGAUGGACCUUUUCAAUGUCAAACUGGAGGUUCAAGUUGACCAUUUAGAUGUGUGGCUUUCUCAUCGAGUAUUAUGCUUCUGGUACAGUGUGCAAUUUGAAAUUCCUGAAGCUGAAUCUUCACAUUCUCCAUUCAGAAACAUGAAUUUUAACAUCCAGUUAAAGAAACUUUCACUUCUGAUCUCUGAUGAAAGGUGGGGCUUUGGUGGACCUCUGUUGGAAAUUCUUAUGAAGAACUUUCUGUUACAUGCUGUCAUGAUCGAAAAUAGUGUGGAGUGCUCCGUAACAAUUGACCUUGAAAUGAACUACAAUAACAUUCACAAGGUACUUUGGGAGCCAUUUGUUGAGCCCUGGAAGUUGCGGAUAAAUAUGAUUAGAAGACACAAUAUGAAUGCCCUCCUGAAUAGUUCCAUCACAACGGAGAUUCAUCUCACAUCAACAACACCACUUAACUUGAACUGUACGGAAUCUCUAAUUGAGUGUGUUUUCAGGACUAUUGAAAUGCUUAAAGAUGCUUGGUAUCUGAUGGACCCAACUGAUCCUUGUGAAAACCAGGGACCCAUAAGUCCUCAGUUUGCUGAAACUAUAAGUGGAGGAAGAUAUGCUCCCUACAUACUUCAAAAUUUGACUUCUUUGCCUCUAAUAUACCAUGUUCUUCGAGGACUCGUUACUGCUGAUGAGUUUGAUUUCUCGGAAAUGAUGGAUGGAAAAUCUGUGCAACCAGGUGCUUCUGUUCCUAUUUAUCUAACUGAAACUCCUGAGGAACAAUUGUACCGAAUCAGGCCUGCUUGGUCUUCUGACAGGCUCAGCGGGAAGCAAUCCAGUGGAGUUGUUCAUCAUUUUAUGAGCAUUCAACUUGAUGGGAUGUCUCUGCCUUCUGCUCCUAUUUCGAUGGAUCUUGUAGGACUUACCUGCUUUGAGGUUGAUUUUUCGAACUCCUCAAACAAAAUUGAAGUCGAAAAAACGGGGGAUUCUUCAAAAUGCGCCAAAAAAAUUGAGGAUGUUAGUGAUAAUAUAAAUAGUGGUUUUGCUGUUCCAGUUCUGUUUGAUGUUUCAGUGCAGCGAUACAGCAAGUUGAUACGACUGUACUCAACAGUCAUACUCUCAAAUGCAACAUCUGUACCACUGGAGUUAAGAUUUGAUAUUCCAUUUGGACUAUCCCCAAAGGUAUGGAUAAAAGAUUGAUUGCUUACUAAUUGCAACUUAGGACAUCUUUUCCUAUUUGUUUGUGGUAUAUGCUCUCAAUAUUCUUGUUCUCUCUCUCUUUUUUCCCUUUUUUUUAUCUUAUUUUAUCCAUUCCAGAUCCUAGAUCCAAUAAAUCCUGGACAAGAGGUUCCACUGCCUUUACAUUUGGCUGAAGCAGGUCUUCUUAGGUGGCGUCCUCAGGGAAAUUCUUACCUGUGGAGUGCAGCGCAUGAACUCUCAAAUAUUCUUUCUCAAGAAAUCAAGAUUGGAUUUCUUAGGUCGUUUGUAUGUUAUCCAUCUCAUCCAAGCAAUAAUCCAUUUCGAUGUUGCAUAUCAGUUCAAAAUUUUAGCGUGCCUUCAACUGGCAAGGCAAAGAAAGGUCCAAAUUCCUGUGUUACUAAAAGUUCCAAUCGACUAGUUGACGUUCACAACCAUGAUUUGAAGCACUCAAAGAAGCAAUUAGUUUAUCAAAUAACCUUAAGUACUCCAUUAGUGCUGAAUAGUUAUCUUCCAGAUUCAGUAUCACUGACCAUCGAGAGUGGAGGAAUUACUUGCACUGCAUUGCUUUCAGAGGUACAAACUUCAUUCCAUCAUGUGGAUCCUUCUCAUGACUUGGGUCUCGAGUUCUAUAUGCAAGGAUUCAAACCUUCAGCUUUGAAGUUUCCUCGUACAGAAACAUUCAGUUCUGUGGCUAAGUUUAGUGGAACCAAAUUCUCUCUAAUAGAGACCAUGAUCUUCAAUCCUGAAUUAUCUAACGGGCCGCUGUAUGUUACCGCUGAAUUGAUGAUGGAUGCAUUCUCUGGUGCACGUGAGAUCUUCAUUUUUGUUCCCUUCUUAUUAUAUAAUUGUACUGGUCUUCCAUUCGAUAUUUCAGAACCCGCUUCGGAAAUGAAAGGAAAUCAUUACACUAUUCCAUCCUGUUACUUAAUUGAAGAAGAAAAUUUUCAAGAUAAGAAGGAUGGUCUCAGCCUUUUAUCUUCAGAUCUGGACUUACAUGCUCCAGCUCAAAAAAUUGUUGAUCUAGGGAGUGCUUUCAUGGAAAAUCACAUUUUCUUUGCUGGUAAAAAAUCUUCUUCAAAAAUGUGCUCCCCUGGUGCAUCUACUUCAAAAGAUCCGGACCUAGUUGAUACUGAGCAUGGAAAGGUCAAGGCAUGCAUGUAUUCUCCUUGUGCCAUUUCUUCUGCAGGUGAAGUUAUGGUAAGAUUAAGGAGGUGCCUGCCUGGACAUGUUGCAAAAAAAAAGCAAAACUCCUUAUGGUCAGAACCUUUUCUUCUUGUUCCACCUAGUGGAUCACACACUGUAUUUGUUCCUCAGUCAUCACCAAAUGCCGCAUUUAUAAUAUCUGUGACUUCUAGUGCUCUUGUUGGACCAUUUGCUGGGAGGACAAGGGCCAUCACCUUCCAGCCCAGAUAUAUAAUUAGUAAUGCAUGCAGCAGAGAUUUAUGUUAUAAGCAGAAAGGAACAAACCUUUUUGUUCAUUUGGGCAUUGGAAAGCAUUCUCAUCUUCACUGGACCGACACAAUGAGGGAGUUAUUAGUUUCCAUUCGUUUUAAUGAACCUGGUUGGCAAUGGUCAGGCAGCUUCUUGCCAGAUCAUCUAGGUGAUACACAAGUGAAAAUGCGGAAUUAUAUUUCAGGUUCACUAAAUAUGGUAAGGGUGGAGGUACAGAAUGCUGAUGUUUCCAUCAGAGAUGAAAAGAUUGUUGGAAGCCUACAUGGGAACUCUGGGACAAAUUUGAUUCUCUUGUCAGAUGAUGACACAGGUUUUAUGCCAUACAGAAUUGAUAAUUUCUCAAAGGAGAAAUUACGGAUUUAUCAGCAGAGGUGUGAAACAUUUGAUACUAUCAUUCACCCAUACACUUCUUGCCCUUAUGCAUGGGAUGAACCCUCUUAUCCCCACCGUCUGACUGUUGAGGUGCCUGGAGAGCGUGUUAUUGGGCUGUAUGCUCUUGAUGAUCUGAGAGAGUUUGUACCGGUACACUUGAAGCCAACUUCUGAGAAACCUGAAAGAACGUUGCUUUUGUCUAUGUGUGCUGAGGGAGCAACAAAGGUGCUCAGCAUUGUUGAUUCAGGUUACCAUAUUUUAAAAGAUUGGAAGGAUCUAUCUCCCUCUCAGUUUCAAGUAAAAAGUAAAUAUGAGCAUAGAGAGCAAAACUCUUUUGACUACAAGGAGAAAUUUUCUCUUGCUAUUUCGUGCAUUGGUAUUUCCUUGGUUAAUGCUUAUCCACAGGAAUUGCUUUUUGCAUGCGCGAAGGAUAUUUCUCUUAAUCUUCUUCAGAGUCUUGACCAACAAAAGCUUUCCUUUCAAAUCUCUUCAUUGCAAAUUGAUAAUCAGUUGCGUACAACAACAUAUCCCAUUGUCAUGUACUUUAAUCAAGAAUAUAGAAGCAAUGCAGCCAAUCAGAGAGCUAAGGAUGAUGUUGCAAAAUUAAAUGAAAGAUCAUUGCAAGUUUCUUCUGAAAGUUAUUGUGAACCUGUAGUCCACCUAGACAUGGCGACAUGGAGGAAGAAUGACAUAUCCUUGGUUUCAUUUGAGUUUAUAAGCUUAAGAGUGGCAAAUUUUCGCCUUGAGCUUGAGCAGGAACUUAUAUUAAGCUUGUUAGACUUGUUCAAAUCUGUCUCUUCAAGAUUCCAGAGCAAAGUCUUGCCUGUUUCAGACACUGGUACUUGCGAAUAUGUCAAAACAAGAGAAACCCAACUGCAUGGAUUCAAUCUUUCUGCAUUUAGUAAGAAUCAAAUAAGCUGUUUAUCUCUACCUUCAGUUGUUCCAAUUGGAGCCCCUUGGCAGCAAAUUCACCUUUUGGCCAGAAGACAGAAAAAGAUCUAUGUAGAAUUGUUUGAUUUAGCACCAAUAAAGUUCACUUUAAGCUUUUCUAGUGCUCCAUGGAUACUUAGAAAUGGUGUUCUUACAUCAGGAGAAUCAGUUGUCCAUAGAAGUCUUAUGGCUCUGGCUGAUGUUGAGGGAGCUCGUAUCCAUCUCAAAGAAUUGACAAUUGCACAUCAGAUGGCUAGUUGGGAGUCCAUGCAGGGUAUACUCUGGAGGCAUUAUAGCCGUCAACUUCUUCAUGAGAUGUACAAGGUCUUUGUAUCUGCUGGUGUUAUAGGUAAUCCCAUGGGAUUCGCAAGGAGUUUGGGACUUGGCAUCAGGGAUUUUUUAUCUGUUCCAGCCAGAAGCUUUUUGCAGAGUCCUACUGGACUUAUCACAGGCAUGGCACAAGGCACUGCCAGUCUUCUGAGUAACACAGUUUAUGCUUUAAGUGAUGCCACCACGCAAUUCAGUAAAGCUGCACACAAGGGUAUUGUUGCAUUUACAUUUGAUGACCAGUUUGUUUCAACGAUGCAAAGACAACAGAAAGGGGUUGCUUCACACAGUAAAGGUGUAAUAAAUGAAGUCUUAGAGGGACUUACAGGUCUCCUUCAAUCACCGAUUAAAGAAGCAGAGAAACAUGGUCUUCCUGGUGUCCUAUCAGGAAUAGCCUUAGGAGUUACAAGACUUGUGGCAAGACCUGCAGCUAGUAUUCUUGAGAUCACAGGAAAAACUGCACAGAGUAUCAGAAACAAAAGUAAACUAUACCAAAUUGGGUCUCAACGCCGUAGGAUCCGGUUUCCUAGGCCUUUAAGUCGAGAACUUCCUCUAAGGCCAUACUCUUUGGAAGAGGCAGUCGGAACAUCAGUGCUUAUGGAGGCUGAGGAUGGCUUGAAGCUAAAGGACGAAGUAUUAGUGAUGUGCAAAUCACUUAAACAAGCUGGCAAAUUUGUUGUUGUCACAGAGAGACUUAUGUUGAUCAUUAAAUGUCCUGGUUUGGUAGACAUGGGGAAGCCGGAAUUUCGAGGUGUUCCAGUUGAUCCAGAGUGGUUCAUUGAGUCAGAGAUUGGUUUGGACAGCGUAAUACAUGCAGAUAAUGUAGAGGCAUGGGUCCACAUUGUUGGAAGCAGCUCAGAUGCAAGGCUGAGGCAGAACCAGCACCAGUCCAAAAAAGGUGGUGGUGGUGGAACAAGGACAAAGCAAUGGAGUGAUCCUUCGACCCGCCUCCCUCUUUUCCAAACUAAUUUGGAAUUCGCGUCGACAAAAGAUGCAGAGGAUUUGUUACAGACUAUGCUUUCGACAAUAGAGCAAGGCAAGGGACGAGGGUGGGGGAGUGGAUAUCUUGUUCAUAAAAGCAAUGUUGUAGGUAAAUAGGAGCAUUCUUAUGGAUGUUUUUUUUUUUUUUUUUGGGUGGGAAUAAAGUUAGGCGAGCGCUCACUUCAGAGUGGAUCCAUACUAUUGUCUUCUUUUUCAAAAUCCUGAUUAUUUAUGGGAACAGAAAGAAAAAAUGUACAGAGAGCUUCUUCAUUACCUGAUUAUUUUUUGCAGGAUGUAAAUUCUAAUGCAAGUUCUUAGACCCCUAUUGUGAUUUCUUAGUA